CCUCUUGACUCUUUCUUCUUCCUGAUAUCCACCCCUGUUCCUAGACUUGCCGAACUUGAAGUCCGAGACAACUAGUAUACAUAGACUCUUAUCAUUAGCCCAUCAUCCGAAUCCUCUCAUUUCCUCCCAACGCCAUAUAGUCACGAUGGAAUCAGGCGCGCAGGCACCAGUAUCUUCCCCUUGGGCACCAUUGAAAUCAUCACUAAGACCACUACUUGAUUCUAUCUACCCUCAUCAGCGCCGUCCAACAGGCUUGCUCACACCAACUACUAUGAGCUUGCAACAAAAGGGUCAACCAGCAACAUAUCCAGCAUUAGCAAAGGACGAAUUACAGAAGAGUGCUCAAGAGACUGCCCAAUCCUCAACAUCAGAACAGCCACCCAAGGACGAAAUGGACUCGGUCAACGGCUGGAUAUGGACUGCUCAGAAGGAGAAGAUUAUCCUGAGCCCUUAUGAUUACAUUGCCUCAGAGCCCGGCAAGGAGUUUCGGACACUGCUCCUGAAUGCAUUCAACACCUGGCUUGAAGUUCCCCAAGAAAGCUUAGCCAUCAUUACCAAGGUGGUGCGCAUGCUGCACACCUCGUCUCUCCUCAUUGAUGAUAUCCAGGACAACUCACAGCUGAGAAGAGGACGACCCGUAGCCCACAACAUUUUUGGUGUUGCACAGACCAUCAACGCUGGCAACUACGUCUACUUCCUUGCCCUGAAGGAGUUACAGCAGCUGAAGAACCCGGCAGAGGCCAUGGACAUCUAUACAACUGAAAUGCUUUAUCUUCACCGAGGUCAGGGCAUGGACCUCUACUGGCGUGAUACCCUGACCUGCCCAACUGAGGAUGACUAUCUAGAGAUGGUCUCCAACAAGACAGGUGGUCUCUUCCGUCUUGCCGUCAAGUUGAUGCAGUCUCAAUCUCCUACAUCAUUCGACUGUUUGCCGCUAGCCGAGCUUCUCGGCCAGGCUUUCCAGAUUGCCGACGACUACAAGAACUUGGCAAACCUUGACUACACCCAAAAGAAAGGUCUAUGCGAAGAUUUGACCGAGGGCAAAUUCUCCUUCCCCGUUAUCCACAGCAUACGAUCGAACCCCGAAAACCAAGAACUGCUUCAUAUUCUCGCUCAGCGUCCCACCGACGUUGACACCAAGAAGUAUGCUGUCAAGUAUAUCGAGAGCACUGGCAGCCUUGAGUACACCAAGGAGCUUGUGUCGAUACUAAUUGCCAAGGCCAAGGAAGAGGCUGACUCUAUUGACGCGGGGUCAGACAAGAGCAAGGGCAUCCACGCGUUAUUGGCCAAGUUGGAGUUGAAGUAAAAUCCUUCAUAUUCACUGGAGAUGUAGAUAGAUAGGUAGACAUAACGUGUUCUCUUUCUACAGGGGUUUUAU